UCGCGUACGGAUCACAACCGUCGCCCUAAGCUCUCUCUAAACCUCAUAAGCUCUCCGGUAGCCACCGUCCUCCGCUGCCUCCUGAGCUCCGCCGUUCCAUCUUUCCCCUAGUCGAGGAGGGAGAGAGAGACUACGCUUUUCGCUUCGCCGCCAGUUAUGGCCUCCGAUUCCGCUGCCGAUGCCUCUGAAGUCGAGAGGCUCUACGAGUUCGGGGAGCGUCUCAACGAGGCCAAAGACAAAACUCUGCAUGAGGAUGACUAUCAAGGUAUCAUAGCGGCGGUGAAGGGGCAGAGCGUGAAGGCGAAACAGCUGGCCGCGCAGCUCAUCCCUCGGUUUUUUAAGUUCUUCCCCAGCCUCGCUGCCGAAGCCAUGACCGCGCAGUUUGAUUUGCUCGAGGAGGAUGAAUUCGGGAUUAGAAUACAAGCUAUUCGAGGUCUUCCUCUCCUGUGCAAGGAUACCCCUGAACAUGUACCUAAAAUUGUUGAUGUUCUUGGACAACUCUUAAUAUACGAGGAAAAUGUAGAGCGUGAUGCAGUGCAAAAAGCCCUGAUGACCCUUCUGAGGCAGGAUGUAAAAGCUUCUUUAACAGCUUUGUUUAAGCAUAUUGAGCAAGGAGCAGAGAAUAUUCGUGAGAAGGUUAUUUGUUUUCUUAAGGACAAGGUGUUUCCUCUCAAAGCUGAACUGCUAAGGUCACAAGCGGAAAUGGAAAGAUAUGUUACUGAUUUGGUGAAAAAGAGCUUACAAGAUGUAACUGGUGCUGAAUUUAAGUUAUUCAUGGAUUUUCUGAGGAGUUUUAGCAUUUUUGGUGAUGGUGUGCCCCCAGAAAAUAUGCAAGAACUGAUUGAGAUUAUUGAAGGACAGGCUGACCUAGAUGCUCAAUUCAAUGUUGAAGACAUUGAUCAUAUUGAUAGAUUAAUUUCCUGCAUGUGUAUGGCUCUUCCCCUUUUUGUGAGAGGUGCCUCAAGCAGCAAGUUCCUCAAUUAUGUCAACAAACACAUAUUACCUGUAUUCGAUAAGCUUCCUGAAGAGAGGAAAUUAGAUUUGCUCAAGAAUCUUGCUGGAACUUCACCUUAUGCAAGUGCACAGGAUUCACGUCAACUUCUUCCAUCCAUUGUAAUGCUAUUGAAGAAGUACAUGCCUCUAAGAAAGACUGAAGAGCCUAAAUAUAAUUAUCUUGAGUGUUUAUUAUACUCAUUUCACCAUUUAGCACAUAAGACCCCAAACUCUACCAACAGCCUUUGUGGGUACAAGAUUGUUACUGGUCAGCCUUCAGACAGGCUUGGAGAAGAUUUUUCAGAGAACUACAGAGAUUUCACUGAGAGAUUAAAAUCCACAGAAGAAUUUGUGAAGAAUUCUAUGAAGAAAUUAAACCAAGCAAUGAAUAAUCACGAUAAAGCAAUGUCUUCAGCAAAGACACAAGAAGCAAAGGCGAAGAUAAAAAAUGAGCAGCAACAGACUACAUCUGCAUUACGCAUCUGCAACAAUAUACUGGCAAUGACCCAGCCAUUACAUGCCAAAGCACCUUCAUUUAUUGGAGAUGAAAAAAUAAACUUAUCGUGGAAGAAACCAGUGAAACAAUCGUCAGCGUCAGCAGCAGCAGGGGGUAAGAGAAACAUGCCUUCAAUCAAUGGGUCAAGUGCAAGCACCGGAACCAACAAAAAGGCACGAGGCGGAGGAAUUGCACAGAACCAGCUCGUUGACAGAGCAUUACAAGGUUUGUCACAAGGUGGUAGGAGAAAUGGAAGAGCAGGAAGAAGGGGAGCGCGAGGAGGAAGAGCAAGGGGUUAUCACUAAGUUAUGUAGGAAAAUCAAUCAGUAGGAUAGCUCCAGAUGAAAGUGAACUUAUCAUGCUUUUUUCUCAGCUUCAGACCAGGCAAAAACAUAGACGUUUGUUCUGCUGUUUGUAUGGUUGUAGCAGGAGACAGCACACUUAUGACUCAAGACAUGUAGAAACACAAAGAACGUGUUGUAACAUUUAUUGAUUCAUCGUAGCUCCUUUUUGUAGUGUUUUGAAAAAAAAAUUCUACUGUCAUCUUUAGUGCUUUUCGAUUCCUUUACGACUGUGUAUAUCACACAUCUUUUGCUUUGAAAUUGUUGUAAUUGGCCAAGCCCAAGUUUUGUUUGAAUGCCAUUUUUUCUCAGUUAUGUCA